AUGGCCGGAGCAGCGACGAGGAUUCACCGGGAUCACCGGAGUUUGAUAUACGGUUCUCGGAUAUUCGAGGUACCUGGUAACCUGGACUCGAAUUCGUCGGACAUGGAAUUCGAGUUUCUGGAGGACGGCGAUGAAGAAGUCACCGGCAGCUGCAAGGAAGACGAUGGUGAAGACAACGACGACGAGUCGAAGGGGAACGAAAGGGAGAGGUUUUGGGAGAUACAGCACCAUCUUUUGCAAGCAACGCUGUGUAGGAGUAGCUCUUUAGAAUCGAGGAUUAGAAACGCCGUUAGAGAAGCUUCGAAAGAGAUUGAGAGAGAAACGACGGUCUGUGGUUGCGGGAAAUCAUUAAUGGCCGAGCUUUGCCGGAGUUGUCUCAUGAGAGAAGUCUUUAGCCGUCUCCAAAACGCCGGUUUCGACGCUGCAGUUUGCCGCUCUAAAUGGAGAAGCUCUCCGCAUAUCCCAUCAGGAGAGCAUAGCUUCUUGGACGUGAAAGAAAAUUCAAGUAAAGGUGACGUAAGGGUAGUCAUAGAGUUGAAUUUCAGGGCUGAGUUUGAGAUGGCAAGAGCAAGUGAAGAUUACAAUCGUUUAGUUCAACGGUUGCCGGAGGUUUUCGUCGGAAAAGUGGAAAGAUUGAAUAACGUAAUAAAAAUCUUAUGUCUGGCAGUCAAGAAAUGCAUGAAGGAAAAGGGGAUGGAGGCCAUGGAGGAAACAAAGGUACAUGCAAGCCAAGUGGUUACAAUCUUGUGA